AUGUUCUCACUCAAACCAUUGUUGUUUAUGUUACUGACUGUGGUUGUUCAUGGAGUGUCUAUUGAUGAUGGCUUUCAUGUUUUUUCGGUGAAGUCUGUUCUUAAAGUGGGGAGUAAUAGUAGUGAGAAUUUGUCUAUGGUUUUGGCUGACAAACGAACUAGGAGAAGAGACCCUCUGAAUGAUUUCAAGUAUUACAUUGGUGGUUGGAAUAUUAGUGAUCAUCAUUAUUUCUCUUCUGUAUCAUAUUCUGCUACACCCUUGUUUACCAUUGCAACAAUCUGGUUUGUGGGGUUUGGCAUGGCCUUGCUCCUAAUAUGUAGUUAUUAUUGCUGUUGUCGGAAAGUCAAGUACGGCUACUCAAGAACUGCUUAUGCACUCUCUCUUGCCUUCCUUACCCUCUUCACCAUCGGUGCAAUUGUUGGAUGUGUGAUUCUUUACACGGGUCAAGGAAAGUUUUAUAGUAGUACUACAAAUACAUUGGACUACGUCGUGAGGCAAUCCAAAGAUACGAGUUAUAAUCUCAACAGUGUGUUGGAAAUUCUAGAUACAGCGAAAAGUAUUGGAGUUGAGCAAGCUUCUUUACCUCCAAAUAUAAAGAAUAACAUUGAUCGGGUUGAUAGAAUGGUAACUAAAGCUGCUAGAGACCUUGAACUUGAGACCAAAAGAAACAAAAAGGAAAUACAAGAAGUUUUAAAUUCUGUGAAGCUUGCUCUUAUUAUUAUUGCUGCUGUUAUGCUUCUCUUAGCUCUUCUUGGUUUCUUGCUCUCCAUUUUCGGCUUGCAAGUUCUAGUUUACAUAUUGGUGGUUUUUGGUUGGAUUCUUGUUACAGCUACGUAUAUCUUGUGUGGUAUAUUUGUCAUGCUUAACAAUGUUAUGGGCGACACAUGUGUUGCAAUGGAUGAAUGGGUUCAAAACCCUACGGCUCAUACAUCAUUAGACGAUAUUCUUCCCUGUGUUGACAAUAAAACUGCACAAGAAACAUUGUUUCAAAGCAAAGAUGUCACAUUUCAGCUAGUUGGAAUAGUUAAUACGAUCAUCACCAAUGUAGCAAACAUCAAACCUCCUCCGUAUGGCGGUGUCCUCAAUUAUAAUCAAUCAGGCCCAUUGGUUCCCAUCCUUUGUAACCCACUAAACGCUGACAAAACUGACCGUAAAUGUCAAGCUAAUGAACUGCCUGCCAGUAAUGCGACUCAGGUAUGGAAGGCUUAUGUAUGCCAAGUUUCCGCAGAGGAUAAAUGCACAAAUGUGGGACGGUUGACCCCAAAGAUGUAUGACCAGAUGUCGGCCGCAGCCAACGUGAGCUCAGGGUUGACCAACUAUGCCCCGUUUCUAGUUGCUUUGCUAAAUUGUUCUUUUGUCAGGGAUACGUUCACAGUGGUCCACAAAGAUCACUGCCCCGAGCUCACAAAAUACAGCAAGUGGGUCUACAUUGGUUUAGCCAUGGUGUCUGCCGCCGUGAUGUUUUCAUUGAUGCUUUGGGUGAUGUAUGCUCGCGAAAGAAGGCAUCGGAAGUAUACUAAAUCUGCAUCUGCUAGUGAAUGGAAAUGAAACUAGUGUAUGAACUGUGACACCCAAAUUUUUGAACCAAAAUUUUCAAUAAUGACGAAUCAAUAUAGGCGCAUAUCUUUUA